CGCAUGCACGCGGGACACGUGACUGCGAGAAAAUCCCCACAUCGUUGCCUAGCUGCCAGCUGCCAGCUGCUGCUGCCUGGCCGCCUCAGAGCUAAAUAUCCAAAUCCAGAACACGUCCGAGAGUCGACGCGAUGGGCAGGGGGGGGACUGACUUGAGUGGUGGACGGACUACUCUCAUUAUUAUAUAAAGCUCUCCUCGCUGCCUCUUGAGAGAAAUGAGACGCUUAGAUUAAAUAUAUAUAUAUAUCUCUCUAGCGCCAUCUAGCCCCCCAGGUAUUCGACAUAUACAUUCUUCAAGAUUAAUUAUAAGGGAUUUCACCCAAGAUCAUGGGCCUCUCCCACAUCGGUUUCUGCGUCCCCGCCGCACGCUUGGAGGAAGUCAUUGCCUUUUAUAAGGCUGCCCUGGCACCACUGGGGUAUAGGGAGCUCAUGCGGCCCGUGCCACACGUCGUGGGUUUCGGGGUGUAUUAUCCAGAUUUCUGGAUUACUGGAGUGGAAGGUGAAGAAGAUGGCUCUGACGCGAGGGUUGAAAACGGGUUGAAACGGAAACCGAUUCACGUUGCGUUUGAUGCUAAGAACCGCACCCUCGUCCACGAUUUCCACGCUGCGGCCUUGGCUGCCGGCGGAAAGUGUAACGGCGCACCAGGGCCCCGCCCACAGUAUCACAAAUUAUACUACGGCUCUUUCGUGCUGGAUCCCGUGGGCAAUAACAUCGAGGCUGUGUGCAUGUGGCCUGCCUGGACGCAUUGGCAGUAUUGGGUUGGGGCCGGGGUUUUCAGCAAGAAAGGGAAAGAAGACUGAAUGGAGGACGAAGCGGGGGUUUUGGGUAAGGAUAUCAUAUGAAUAUGCAAGGGGUGGGCUCCCUGGAUUCCACUAUUUCGUGCGCAGUUUUACUGAAGGGACAGAGCAGCGCGGAAGGGGAAUGACAGGUCGUUGAAUGUGCUAUUGAUCCAGAUAAGGAAAUGUGUUCGUUUCAUUAUUGGGAUAAAUAUCCGUGGCAGAGGGUAGAGACCCUGAAUAUGGAGGGGAAUUGAUUGAUUGACUGGCGACUAUUUCUUAAAUCCUGCAGACUGUACAAUGUAUCGAACCUCUUGAGGAAUCGGAGGUAAAAGCCCGUUUCAAAUAAAUUGACGAAUGUAUGAUUUUAACCAUCUCGCUCCGCGUUCACCACCCCUUCCUUCAUCCAGCUGUACCGGUCCGAACGGAAGAGAAAAUUAUCUCCAUCUCUUGGAUAUUCACAUCGCCGACCAGGACUUUGAAUGAUCGCGUGCAUGAGGAGGAGUUAAAACUGUCCCUCACCGCCACCCCAACAUACCCAACGCGUAUUGGAGUGAUUGUUCGCUUAUGCGCUCUCCAGUAAUAUUUCGCAGUGCUUCAGGGAGUUCCGUGCAGCCUCAAUAUUCGGGUUGAAGGCAUAUUUGGGCUUGUCGUACGCAAGGGCUCGGGUUAACAAUAUCAUGUAGGUGGGCUGAGGGCAAUUACAUUUUCUGGACAACCCUUAGUCCCCUGCAAGGAAAGGAAUAUAACACAGCCCAAGAGGAAACUGAGCAAAUAUCGACCUCCCUACCUUGACUGGGAACUCCUAAGGGACGGGAAUAGAACAAUGCUUAGAUGUCCAAAGCCACAGCCAAUUGCUUUUUAUUCAUAAACGCAUUCAAAGUACGAUAUGAGAUAUCGGCUUGCGGAAUCACUCUGGCCACAUAAAACUUCACUAUUGGCGGUAUGCUGGGUUGGCUUCGAGGAAGAGAAAUUGGUCCUUUUGCCGCAUCAGAAGGUCCUUGGCUAGCCAUACAGUUAAUUACGCAGGUAUGCCCCGGUGUUUUCGUUAGUGCCGCCCUAAUAUUUUAGUGGCAUUCUAACGUUCAUUCUGGGGUGCCGCGUCUCUAAAUAUCCUCAUAUAAUAUAAGAAGCAAGCUUCUCAUUCAUUAUUCUUAUUCCACACAUACGCGAUUCCUAUACUCAUUAUUAUCAUUCUCUGAUUCAAUAUGGACUUAUUUACUAUUGCACCUCCACCAUCAGAACCUCCUGAACCUCCUGCUACUCCUCCAAAAUGAUUGACCCGUAAUCAAUGUCGAGAUAUC